AAAAUGGAAAGAAAAGAGCCCGAUGAGAGAUGUACAGCGUAUAUUACUAUGUUGAUAAUAUACUCAUUAUUAGGAUUCCUUAUCCUCCUGGUCCAGGUCAGGUAUUUAGUGAAAUAUUUAAGAAUUUAUGGAAUUAAGCAUAAAUUGACAAGUCUUUUUAUGGGUUUCCUGACAUUAUCCAUCCUAUGUGAUAUUGCAUUUGGAGCGUCUCAAGCAUAUUUUAAAAGCUUUGAUGGGUGCACCAAAUACAAGAACUCUUGAUUAAAUUAUUGGUCAUAUUGGAUAAAUUUUUAUAUGUAUCUCAACACAAUUAUUGUGUUAUCUUUCACUUAUGUUUCGCAAAUACUGAAACUUCAGAAACGAAGAAGGAGGAAUAAGACUUAUCAGAUAAUUGUUUGGACAAUUAUGUUGACCAUUUUGGUAGCAUUGGCAAUAUCCUUCUUGAUCGGCGGUCUACAAACUUGUAAGAAAAAGGCUGAUAAUUCAACGAAGAUUACACCUUCAAUUCUUGUUCUUACCUGAUCUUAUAUGCUGACAGGUGGAAUCUUUGUAGUUCUUUUGUUUUGAUUUUAUAAAGCUCUACAAAAAUUAGAAACGGACACUGACGGAGUCAGAUUGAGCAGUAAGAUAAAAUGGAGAUUGGCUAUCAGCGCCAUAGUAAUUUUCAUUGCAUUUGAAAUCAGAGGUAGUAAUAUCAUUGUUAGGACUCAGUAUGACUUCUUUAAAGAGUGGAAACAAGACUCUCUAACACAUAACAAGCUUGGAUAUGCCAUUUAUAUUUUCUGUCAUUAUUUAUUUCUCAGCUCUGUUCCAACAAUGAUCCAAAUCUAUCUGAUAAAACUAAGUUUAUCCAUGACUCCAAGAAUUAGUGUGUGAUUGAUAGACAAUUACGGGCAAGAAGAUUUUUUUGUUUCAAAAGAUUUUGAAGCUUCUGAAAGUGUAAGUUUUCAAAAUUAUAAAACUAUUAUAGCUUCUGCUCAAUCCAAUUUAUUCUACAGAUUCCGGAUUACCCAGUUCCGAAACUUCUUAGAUAUUACACUUUAGACUAUUCUCAAUGGCGAAAAUUUAAUUAUGUUGAACCCAAAUUACAAUC